AAAACCACAACGAUUAAGAACUCAAAAACAAUCAACACUUAAAUUUAACCCCUCUAAACAAAAGCGUAAACAAAAAGAGGAAAAAAUGAAUUUUUCCGAAGGGAAUGAAAAUAAAAGUGAUGAUAAAAAAGAAAAUAAAAUUGAAAAUGAUAUAGAAAGUAAUUAUUCAAAUUCUAUUGAGUCUGAAGAUGAGAAAAGUAAUUCAGAAUUAGAAUCUGAAAGUAAUAGUGAUAAUAAUAAGAAUAUUUUAGAUGAAAUCCCUGUAAUGAUGGGAGACUUAUUAGUUAAAACUGAAUUGAAUGUUG